AAAAUGAUCUUCCACAACAUGACAUUGCUUACAAUUUUAGCAAACAUAAGUUCUACAGCAAAGACACUUCUUCAAUCAGGAGACCUUUAUAAUGCAACUGAAAUAACAUUUUGGAGCAAUGACAUAACCAAAUUCUUCUACAAUACCUCUGAUAUCAAAGAUGAAGUAAACAUUUCAGAUAAUGGGAAUUAUACAGAAAGAGAUUACCUAGGUGGACAUACUGUAUGGCAAGUUUUUUUAAUCGCAAGUUUUAGUGGCAUAAUUGCCUUGGUGACUGUUAUAGGGAACAUUUUAGUCAUUUUGGCAUUUAAGGUUAAUAAACAGCUGAAAACUGUCAACAACUAUUUCUUAUUGAGCCUUGCCUGUGCUGACCUCAUAAUUGGUGUGAUUUCCAUGAAUCUAUUUACUACAUAUAUUAUCAUGGAUCACUGGAUUAUGGGUAGUCUUGCAUGUGACCUCUGGCUUAUGAUUGACUACGUGGCAAGCAAUGCGUCUGUCAUGAAUCUGCUUGUUAUCAGUUUUGACAGAUAUUUUUCUAUCACAAGGCCACUUACUUACAGAACAAAACGAACUACCAAAAGAGCAGGGAUUAUGAUUGGCUUGGCAUGGAUAAUAUCAUUUAUACUUUGGGCCCCAGCGAUUUUAUUCUGGCAGUACUUUGUUGGAAAGCGCACUGUACCAUCUGAUGAAUGUUUUAUUCAGUUCUUUACUGAACCCAUAAUUACUUUUGGAACGGCUAUUGCUGCAUUUUAUCUUCCAGUAUCAAUUAUGACAAUUCUGUACUGGAGAAUAUAUAAAGAAACUGAAAAACGUACAAAAGAGUUGGCAGGAUUACAAGCCUCUGGAGGUAAACUUGAGGUACCCGGGCUUUCUCAUCGAACAGGCAAUGCUAAAGGCAACAGCAAUUAUAAAAUCCAGCGUAACAUAAAAUUCUCUUCCAGAACUAGAUAUAGUUGGUGUACUUUUCGUUUCAAGCCAAAAAUGUGCAAGUCAGACAAAAAGCAGAUUGAGCAGGACCAAAGUAGUAGUGAGAGCUGGAAUCAUAAUGACGCUAAUGCAUCACUCGAUAAUUCAGGAACAUCAGAUGAAGAAGAUGCUCCUGAAAAUCCACGAGCUAUUUACUCUAUUGUUUUGAAGCUACCUGGACAUAAUUCUGUUCUUAGUAAAACAAAAUCACAAUCUUCUAAUCAAGGUAAUACAUCAAAAGGUAUGCAGAAGUCAGGACCACAACCUAAAGAGCUCAGAUUUAAGAAUUUAAAUUCUCAAAGAAAUUUGCAAAAUAAAGAUGAAUCAAUUUCUGUGUCUUUAAGUCCACAGACUGACCAUUCCAUGAAUACAUCUUCUAAGACAACAGCACCUCUUCCUAUAUCUUUUAAAGAGAUUGCAUUGGCUAAACGUUUUGCUGCUAAAACCAGAAAUCAAAUCACAAAACGAAAACGAAUGUCUCUCAUCAAAGAAAAAAAAGCUGCACAAACACUUAGUGCUAUUCUGUUAGCAUUUAUCAUUACUUGGGCUCCAUAUAACAUAAUGGUAUUAGUCAACACAUUCUGUGAAAGCUGUAUUCCCAGGAUAUACUGGAACUUGGGGUACUGGCUUUGUUAUAUUAACAGCACAAUAAACCCUAUAUGUUACGCACUUUGCAAUAAAACAUUCAGGACCACUUUUAAGAUACUACUACUUUGCCAAUGUGAUAAAAUAAAGAGGCGUAAGAAGCAAUACCAGCUAACCAAACCUAUUUUUCAGAGACAUGUGACCAAUAAAUCUUUAUGAAAUUAUGACUGUUUAAUACACAGAUUUGUCACUACAGAGGGUAUAUUUGUAAGAAGACUUUUCUAGGAUAAAAAUAGAAAAGGUGUCAUUGUUGUACCUAUUUACAGGUUUUUAUGGAGGCAGCAAAAAGUAAACUUGAGUAACAUUUCAGAAGGAGAAUAAAAUACAGAUAUGGGAUCUAUUAUCCAGAAUGCUUAGUGGCCUGGAAUUGUUUUAGAAUAUAUGGUCUAUAUACAAAUUGGAUAACACCACUACAUUUAGAACUUUUUAGCAGUGGCACGUAAAUCAAAUACAAGAUACUACAGGUAGGCAUCCGUUAUCCAGAAACCUCCAAAUUAUGGCUAUAGAGUAAAAAUAAAGCAGGGGCAUAACCCUGCAGUUGUAGGGGGCCCUGAAGCAUGGGGGGCAGUAAAGCCCUAAUUUAAUAACAAUUUCAGUAUAUAUUAGCAAUGUUUUGGGGCCCUAAAUUAAAUUUGCUCUGGGGCCCUUUAGUUAUGCCACUGAUUUAAACAUAAUUCAAUUGUUUAUACAUGAUUUCCUUCAUCUUGCAAUAAUAAAACAGUAGCUUGUACUUGAUAGUAACUAAGCUGCAUGAAUCCAUACUG